CCCAGAUCGGUUUCUCUAAAAAAUCCACUCCAAAAACCCGUCCUCUCAGUCUCCAAAGCCUCGCUGUGCAGAUCUCGAGAUCGAGAGAGAAAGAUCUGCAAUCGCCAUGGCGAUCUCUUCGCCUCGGAUCCAUUUCCUUGUUGUCCUCCUCGUCUUCCUCCUCUCCAUCUCCCUCUCCAGAGCUGAGAUCCGCUUCUCCGAGAUCCGAUCUGAUGGCCGAUCCAUCAUCCCCUUUGAUGAGUUUGGAUUCACCAAUACGGGCCGCCUGGAGCUCAACGUCUCCCGCAUCUCCUUCUCCAACCCGAAUCCGGACCUUUCACAGCUUGGCUUCUUCCUUUCCACCCGGGAUUCAUGGCUGCACGUCCUUCAGGAGAUCCAGAGCGGAGACAUAACCUGCGCCCUCCAAUCCAAGGUCAUCAGGAAGGUAUAUAUCUUCGACCAGCUCGAUCCCAACACUGCCAACACCGAGACAUCCUCCUUCUCCACCUUCCAUGAAGAGCAUGAGCCUGGCCAAUUCACCCUCGUUUUCGCCAACUGCAUCGGCCAGCUCCAGGUCUCCAUGGACAUCCAAUCUGCCAUGUACAAUCUCGACCCCCAGUCGGGCCGCCGCGAUUACCUCUCUGCGGGGUCCACCAUCCUCCCCAAGGUCUACUUCCUCUUCUUCGUUGUUUACUCCUCCCUCGCUGCCCUAUGGGUCUUUGUCCUUUACAAGAAGCGCCUCACCGUCUUCCGAAUCCAUUUCUUUAUGCUUGCCGUCCUCAUCCUCAAAGCCCUCAACCUCGUCUGCGAGGCUGAGGACAAGUCAUACAUCAAGCGCACCGGGUCCGCUCACGGGUGGGAUGUUCUCUUCUACAUCUUCAGCUUCUUGAAGGGGAUCUCGCUCUUCACACUCAUCGUCCUGAUCGGGACUGGCUGGUCUUUCUUGAAGCCCUACCUCCAGGACAAGGAGAAGAAGGUGCUGAUGAUCGUGAUCCCGCUUCAGGUCAUUGCCAACAUUGCCCAGGUCGCAAUUGACGAGAGCGGGCCGUACGCCCAGGACUGGAUCACGUGGAAGCAGGUCUUCCUUCUUGUUGAUGUCAUCUGCUGCUGCGCCGUCCUGUUCCCAAUUGUGUGGUCGAUCAAGAACCUCCGAGAGGCUGCCCGCACUGAUGGGAAGGCUGCGGUGAAUCUCAUGAAGCUGACCCUGUUCCGGCAGUACUACAUCGUCGUGAUUUGCUACAUCUACUUCACGCGGGUUGUUGUUUACGCACUCCAGACAAUCACGUCGUACCGGUUCAUGUGGACCAGCCUUGUUGCGGGUGAGCUCGCCACGCUUGCAUUCUAUGUCUUCACUGGGUAUAAGUUCCGGCCAGAGGUCCACAACCCAUAUUUUGUGAUUGAUGAUGAUGAGGAGGAGGCGGCUGCUGAGGCUCUGAAGCUCGAAGACGAGUUCGAAUUGUGAUUGCUGUGCAGUUUUUUUCCUAAUUGCUAUGCAGUUCAAGGGUUUGAUUCUUCCAUUGGUGGUAAUAAAUACGAGAAAGUGGCAAGGAAGGGCGAUUGCUCAUGGGUCCUAAAAUUGGGGUGGUUGAGGUAGGAAUUUGGUUUUUCUGAUUCGAUAUUUUAGGAGGAAUGAAGCUCUUGUCUGCAUGGAGUAUCUGUUUUGAUUUCUUCUCUCUGUUCUGCCUUUUUUCCCCUUUAAAAAACGCACUUGUAUUGUAUUCGAAGCAAUUUAUAUAUGUAGACUUGGGAUAUUUGUUAGUGCUAUUGAUACUUAGUGGAAUUUUACUAGCCCCAGGCCCUUUGCCUUA